AUGCGUGCCAUGUUCCUCGCCCUUUUGCUCCCGCUGGCUGCCUGCGACGUCUCCAGCCCCGCGGCGAACGUCACGGCGGCGCCCGCCGCGGCGACGAACGCGCCGAGCCGGGCCCCGACGGCGGCCCCCGCCGCCCUCGCGCUGCCGGCGUCGUCGUCGGGCGACGGCGACGGCGGCGGCCGCUGGUGGGUCUGGCUCGUCGUCGGCGUCGGCGUCGUGCUCCUCGCGGUCGCGUUCCCCAUCGCCUUCGGCUUCGUGGGCCCGCUGCGCUGCAGCCGCGAGGACCCCCAGGCGGCGAAGCGCGCGCCCUACCUCCGGCGGCGCAACUCGCGCGGCUCGCGGUCGUCGCGGCGGUCGCGGCAGAUGACGCGGCAGUCGAGCGCGGGCCAGCUCCUCGCGGAGCUCAACCCCUUCGGCUCCAGCGCGCCGCCGCCCAAGGCCCCCGUGGGCCGCGGCAGCUCGUCGAGCGAGCUCCUGCACGACCUCGAGCGCGGCCGGAGCGUGCCGCGGACGCUGUCCAAGUCCGUCAUCGACAUCGGCCUCUCGGGCCGGACCGUCACCGUCGACACGGGCACGCACGUCGUCACCAUCUCCCCGUCCAAGGCGAGCAACAAGGUCGCGCCGAGCACCGUCUACUUCGGCAGCCCGAAGCAGCGCGCGGAGAAGAAGGAGGUCAACUGGGAGCUCGAGGACGUCUCCGACCUCGACGGCCUCAAGCUGACGCCGAAGACGCAGAUCCGCGAGGCGGAGCCGGCGUGA